UGUGUGACGCCGUGUCGUAUUUUCUUUUGUGCUUGAAAUUUUUUGGUUGGUCCAUUUUUUAAGUUCGCUGUUUUUAUUUAAUUUCGGUGUGUAACUGUUCAAAACUUUAGUUUUCGGUGACGAAUUGUGAUGUUUUCCGGGGCCGAACUGAUCGACACCAAUAAUAGAUAUAAACCCGCACAGUUUGACUCGAAAAAGACUGAAAAUUGUAAGUUUUGGCUCUGCACUACUGAGCAAGCAGCAGGGAGAUGAGCGUAAUGGCGACGAAGAUGAAAGCAUCAACAGCCGAUUUCCUGUCCGGUGAAGGGAUAGAUUUAAACCCCCAGAAAAAAGCACCAACGGCGAAUAUAAGCAGUCAGGAACAGGAUGAUUUGGAUCUUCUAUUGAGUGAAAUCACUGUACAAUUUGAUGAUGAAGUUCAAACGUUAUAUGUUGGGCCCGUGGAGAUUGUUGAUGACGAUGAAAGUAAUGGCGGUGUUGUCGAUCGUAAAACCAACAAUCGGAAAGCUGGUUUUCCACAGGCUACGGUGCUCACGCAAAAAGAAACUGAAUGCCAAGGGCCAAACUCUCAAGUUCCGAUUCCCUCGAAGGUAUUAACGGCGGUAGAGGUGACUGAAUCUGUGAAUGACGUCAUCAAUACGGACGCUAACAUCGGUGCUUGUGCGGUUGCCUCGAAGGAUAUCACCAAGUCUGCAGUGGAACAAGAGCAAUUGCAACCGGAACCACCCUUAAUAGAGGCUCCGCCUGCAACCGAAAAAAAUACAGAUGCGGUAAAUGGAGAACCUACCGGUGGGAUAACCGUGCUGGAGUCAUUUAACGAGACCACCACUACCGAUUCCGUAAAUGACGCUAAAGAGGACGUCAACGCCGAUAUUCCUCCAAUUGCCACAGAAGCUGCUGCCGUACAACAACAAGAGCAACGGCAACCAUCUUUACCAGCCUCAUCGCGGGUUGUUGAGGAGGCGGUGGGCGCGACGGCGACGGCGGUGGUGGGUGUGGAUUCCACCAGAGAGGUGAGAACGAUGGUUGAUUCAGCAAACGACAACCGUCCCCAUCGUUUGACAGAAGCUGCUGUUGUUAUUGAUCCAAAAAAUGGAGGAGAACCGCAGACGGUUUCUAGUACAGAUCUAAAAAAGACAACCCGCUGUAAGGCUAAAGUAAGUCCCGAUAAAGGGCAUCCGCCGUCGAGCGCCGUGACCAGUGUUACGACUCGGGUGACCAGAUCGUCCACCUCUCCGGUUAAGGUUUAUCCUGCCAAGCCGACCGCAAUCAUAUCGCCAAACACUAAGCGCAAAGUGUCGGCGGCCGAUCAACUAUUGCCAAGGUCUCCCAGCAAACGUUUAAAAGCUCCAACUGUUAUUAAAGAAGAAAUCAAACAACUUUCGCCGGUUUUACCACAGGCAACUCAAAAGGAUUUACGACCGGAAGAUAAGCUGCUAGACUCGGGCGUGUACAUAGAAGAAAAUACGACACUGAAGACUAAACUUGGGAAACUAGAAGAGAAAGAAAUUAAUUUAUAUCAAGAUACUGAACAGAUAGAAGAAGAAGAGGAAGUCCGUGAAGGAGAAUUGAUCAUUCCAGAUGUAGUAGCACCGGCCGAAGAAGGCGAACCACAGCUUCUUGAAUAUAAUAGCGUACCGUACAAUAAGGAUUCUUCUCCUGCCGGUAGUGACAGCGGCAUUGAGAACGAGGGAACUGAACUAAGCAAAGCAGUACUGGUGCCAGUUCCAGCACCGGCAGCUGCGGCAGCAGCAGCUGACGAACCCAACACAGAAAACAUUCCAGAGGAGUCGGCCGAACAAGCAGUCGACAGCGCGGAAGCGAUAACAACAACCGUAACGAACGAAAAUACUCAUUUGACAUCGGUUCCAAGCGAAACUGAGCAGCUAAAGAAAAAAACUAUUCAAGUUAUAAAAUGUGCAAAAUGUUCUUUGACAUUUAAGCGAGAUUUGUGGUAUAAAAAGCAUCUGAUGAAUUACCACGGAAUAGACUUGAGUAACAUUGCUCAUUUCCUUUCCAAUCUACAAACGCUCGAUGAAGACAUCCCGGACGGAACGGAGGAACAGGGUGUGGACGAGUUUCAGUUGACCGAAUCAACUCUCGAAGCACAGAACGUAAACAAGAAGACUGAUGCCAAUAAUGCAGAUUCAAAUCAAAAUAAAGUGGCAGAGGAGCAGGAAGGGGGGCCACCGGCUAAAAAGGCGCGAGUGGAUUUUUCCACAACGCCUAGUCCGGCGACUUUGCAAAUGUACCCGGAAGUAAAGCUGUCCACUAGCAACGGGAAAGGCAAGCAAGUUCGUCGCCGCAAAGAUAAGCUUAUCCCUCGGAAUACUGAUGCUGGUAUGAAGAUCAAACAUGAAUAUCACGCGGCAAUGACAACAGCGACGGAAGAGUCGACCAACGGCUCGUCACAAUCGUCACAAACUCUACCGAAUGAUAUAUUUGUCGUUACCUAUCUCGAACGGGCUUUCCUAGGUUUAACCGAAGAAAAUGCAACUGGCCUACCGGUCGUUGCGAACAAGGAAGUCGCUAAAACCUCUAAACUGCUGGACCCAUUAGCGGUGGAUAUGACACCUUUCGAACGGGCCAAAAUUAUCGAAGCAGGAACGGAAGCAAAACCGGUUUUUACAUGCGGUAUCUGUAGCAUGGAGUUCGAUGAACUUGCCGCAACUCAGGAACACGUCAACUUCACACAUAAAGAUGUUAAGCGACGCAGUUGUCCGCACUGCGGUCGCACAUUUACCCAAACAGGGGACCUGACACGUCACGUUCGAAUUCAUACCGGCAUCCGACCGUUUAAGUGUCCCUUCGACGAUUGCAAAUAUGCGUUUAUUUCAUCCGGGGAUCUACACAAGCACGUCCGCCGUCACAACCAGCACAUUAAUCCGAUUCCUAAACCGCACGUUUGCGUAGAGUGUGGCAAAGACUUUGAGCGAGGAUACGAUCUCAAACGGCACAGCUCGAUGCACGCCAAAGACGAUCCCAACCAUGUCGGGUUCAAUUGCGAAUUGUGCGGUAAAAACUUUGCCCGCAAAGAUCAGUAUCGCGCUCACACAUAUCGGCACAUAGGCUACAAGCCGCACAAGUGCACACACUGCUACAAGAGUUUCUCCGACGCAAGCAACUAUGCAAAGCACUUGAAGGUACACGAAAUGGACGGAGUGGUCCUGAUUUGCCAUCACUGUGGAAAACCUUUCAAAAACAAGAUGGCUAUAUCGAAGCACGUGUACCAUUGCAAGUACAAAAAAGCAAAAGUUGAUAUUUCCUUGCUGAAACGUGAAAUCACGGUGAAUACUAUCAAUCUCAAAAGUGACGGUUCGGGCAGUACUCAGUAGUGUCCAAGGUGACGAAGGAUUAUUCAAAAAAAAAAAAACAAAAAGAAACAGCGGCAGCAGCAGCAUGUAAU